CUCAUGGCUUCACUCAGCUGACAGUCACCAAGCCUUCAGGGAGCGUACACCUGCUGCAGUCCAAGGUCUGAGAUUAAAUUCGUAGCAUCGGCUACGUUUAGCUUACAGCUUCGCUGACGCUGAGCAGUUGUUUUUACGCACGUCACCAGUGCACACACACAACAAUGGCUGAUAAUAUGCCAUCACUACUGAGUCUUGAAGAGGAGCUCACAUGCAGCAUCUGCUUGAGUGCGUUUGAGAACCCAGUUACACUCCCCUGUGGUCAUAACUUCUGUGAAGGUUGCUUGGAAGAGAGCUGGAAAGAGAGUUUCAUCCUAUUUUGCCCUCAGUGCAGACACCUCUACUCCAGUAAACCCGAGCUGAAGAAAAACACGGUACUCACCGCUGUUGUGGAGACUUUCAAAAAGAAGGCAUCUCCAUUGGGAUCCGACUAUGUAAUAGCCAAGACGGAGGAAAUAGAGAUUAUCAAAUGUGAUACAUGUAUGACGGCUAAAGCAUUUAAAACAUGCCUUACGUGCAUGGCCUCUUUCUGUGAAGAACAUGUCAGACCGCAUAUGGAAAACCCUAUUUUCCGUCCGCACCAACUGACCAAUCCACUAGCAGACCUUGGGGCACAGAUUUGCCAGGAUCAUAACAAGAUUAUGGAGUUCUUCUGCCAGAAACAUGACUGCUGUAUUUGCGCCAUUUGUCUGCAGCAGUUGCAUCGAGACUGCGAGUACACCACGCCACAAGAAAGACGGAAACAGAAAAAGUCUGAAAUGACGGAUAUGUUACGUGUGCUGGAUAGAAAGAUUGACAAGAACAGCCUUGUAAUGGCUCAAAUUAGGGAGCAGCAGUUGCAAUUACAGGAUGAUGCUUCUGCCCAAAAGAAGAUGAUGAGCACAGAGUAUCAGUUCAUAAGGUAUCUAAUUGACAAGGAGGAGCAGGAUGCCUUGAAAGCUGUGGACAAGGACUUUGAGAGUGGUCAGACCAGGAUUCAAUCUCUCAUCGCGAAGUUUGGUCAGAAUGUGGAGAAGAUGUCUGCAGUCAAAAUGGAGCUCAACAGCCUUCUGUCAAGAGCAGAUUCAUUGUCUUUCUUGCAGGCUUCAACACAACUGGCCUCCAGUGCUAUGUUUGACCCCUACUGCCCCCAUGUGAACAUGGAGUCCAAGGCUUUGCUUGCUCAUCACUCCUCUGCUGUCGCUAUGAAAGAGCUACUGAGUAAAAUCCUGACUCUACCAGCAGAAAACCGAUUUUCACUUCUUAAACCAGGGCAGGGGAUUGAAGCCGUUGAUCCGACUCCGGCAUCACCGGAACAAGACGCAGCACGUAGAAGAGCAAGAAGCCGACACAGGAAGGGGAAGGAAGCUGAAGAGGAGGAUGUCUCCAAAACAGACCGCACCUUUGGACAGGACCGCCUGAGCAAAGAAAUGCUAUUUGAACCCACUGCAGGACCAACAGCCGCAGCCGCUAAUCCAACUCUAGUGUCACCAGGACAACAAGCAGCACGGAGCAGAGCGAGGAGCCGACGGAGGAAGGGGAAUGAAGACGCGCCGACUGGAGAGGGAGGAACACCGAACCAACAACACCCGAUUUUUAACCUCUCCAAAACAGACCUCACCUCUGAACAGUGUAGUCCAAGCAAAGCAGGAGCUGACAACGUCACUAUUCCUCGUGAUAUCUCUACUGCCGCAAAAAGGAGUGACCUACUAAAAUUCAGCACAGUCCUCACGCUGGACCCCAGGACAGCCCACAAGCGCAUCGACCUCACCGAUGACUUCACCAAGGCAUCGCUGGCCGAGGAGCCGCGCCAGUACCCCGACGGGCCCGAGCGCUUCGCCGUCUGCUCACAGGUGUUGUGCUCGCAGGGAUUCCUGCAGGGCCGCCACUACUGGGAGGUGAAGAUCAACAGGACCAAGUCCAGCGGCCUGGGCCUGGGGCUCGGCCUGGCCUACGGCUCCAUGGACCGCAGGGGCCCCAGCAGCCGCCUGGGUCUCAACAGCGCCUCCUGGUGUAUGGAGUUCUUCAACGACAAGGUGGCGACGUGGCACGACGGCGUGGAGACGGUGCUGGGCGGCCCUGGCCCCUCCCGUGUGGGCGUGCUGCUCGACUGCGACGACGGCUCCGCCACGUUCUACGCGGUGGCCGACCGCGCCUUCCCCUUGUACACCUUUGUGUUCCCCCUCUGGGAGGCGGUCUACCCGGCCUUUUGGAUCUUCUCGGCCGGUUCUUCCAUCUCGCUGUGUAAGCUGUGACCUAAGAUCAGCUAAUAGUCACACACUGCGCCCCCGAUUUGAAUGAUGGACAAAGUGCUCAGAUUCCUAUGUCAAGCUAGCCUGGCUAGCGCCUACCACAGAGCCGUUCAUUGGGCGCCACGGAUGUCUAUCAAAUGCGUCUGUGCAUAGCUAUUCAUUGUCUUACUUCUCCCCCUGUUCUGUGAUUGGUCCCCUAUAUCAGGCAAAAAUUAGGGCGGUAGUUUCUAGACUGCCUUAGCAGCGUGAAUGAAAUUGCACGCAAGGCAGCAUGGGAACACCCAGGCUAAUGUUAAGCUCAAACUAAAUUUAAUAAUUAGACAAAAACUAUUUGUUAGUUUAACACCAUGGGUUAAGACCUUAAAAAUUGAUGAGUCAGCUCAAAGCUAUAAUAUGCCACGUGAUAGCUAUAGUUCAUGCAUGAGAACUAUGCUAAUGUUUACAGACUCGCCCUGUAAAUAACAGUGAAGCUGCACUGGGCGUGUAACUGAGGCGUUCUGUUCGUGUUGUGUCUGCUUUAACAAUUAGCUUCCACUAUAAUGAAUUGAAGUAGCUACACCAGACGUGAUAGCGGCGCGUACUGUACAUAAAAAAAAAAAUAGACCAAUCUUCUAAAAUGAAUUUUACAAGACGCGAACGAAACGCUUUGAUCUCGCGCCUGGUGUAGCUUCUCUGUAAGAGCCUGGAGUGUGAGUGCCUGAUUGGUCAUGUUUGAAUUCGCAGCUCUGUGAACAGCUGUACCAGCUGAUGGUUCAACAAACGUAGCUGAAGAACGCACUUCUAAAUUGUAUGUAGAAUUUGUACUAGCAAUGCAGUGCACCUAUUUAGAGGGAAUGACAAUCUGCAGGAGGCAGAUUUAGCAGUCCUUUAACACACUAACAAUCUAUUCUGUAGACCAAAUGCAGAUUUAGCAGUCCUUUAACACACUAACAAUAUGUUCUGUAGACCAAAUGCAGAUUUAGCAGUCCUUUAACACACUAACAAUAUGUUCUGUAGACCAAAUUCAGAUUUAGCAGUCUUUUAACACAAUCUAUUCUGUUGACCAAAUCAAUGAUGGUAUAAUGGGGGGCUAGGCCAGAAGAUCAUUCAAAAGGUAUUGAAUUGAAAAUGAUUAUAUUCAGUGCAAAGGUCUUAAUGAUGGGAAUUAAAGAAAAUGCAUGAUUCUUGCAAAUGUGUAAUCAAAUCUCAGGAUUCUAGUGGUUAAAUAGAGUAGAUACAGUCCAAUACAGUGCACGUCAUGUCAUGUUUUUGAUGUCAUAGUCUUGUCAUAGUUUCAAGCUAUAGACACAGGCUAUAUGUGUAACUUUAAUAUGUGCAACUUUACCUCAGAAUAUAGUAGGCCUAUAUACAUGUUCUGAUUGCAAUGUAGGCCCUAUGAAUGACACUUUAUAAUUGUAUAAAAUAUUAUGAAUAUAUAUGUGAUUACUAUAAAAUAUUUGAAUUUGAAGUAACUGAAUGUAUUGAAGGGGUUUUGUGAUAUUUUAUUUCUUGACUUGGGGGG